CUCGCUUGAAAAGCACAAAUAAAAACAUAAUCCCAUCGUAAAACUGUUGAGUAUCAUAAUUUCACUUUCUGUUAUUAUCAAUAAGUACUUCAUUCGUUUCCGCUUUAUAAGAACCCAUCGACACACUUUCCACUAAUAUUCAAUCCACCACUAUUUAAGAUAAGCAGAUAGUGAAAACCACUUUCACUACAAACUGAUUAGAAAUCCGUAUAUAUAUACAGCUAAGCAGUGAAUUACAGUCAUCAGUCGAACCUAGGAACAUUCGUAUCGCUACCAAAAUGGCUAAAUUAAUCGCAUUGGGAGCCACAAUCCUGGCCCUGACUGCUACGGUCCUUGCCAGCAACGAUCAACCAUCGAACGUUGAAGCCCGUAUCCAAAUCGUGGAGAACAUUUCCGCCUUCCGAGCGGCCCAUCCCGAACUAAACCUUGUUCCCGUGGAAAGCACUCGAAGCCCCCGGCAGCAAAUUUUGUACACUCUCGGAAAUAGAGUUUCAGGAGAUCGACUGGUCGCCGCCGACCAGAAUGGUCAAUCGUGGACAACAUUCCAGGAUGUUGCGCUGACUCUGGCCUAUCCACAAUCCGGAGUCGGUGCAGUGAUCAGCUACAUCCAUGUGGUGGUGAACCAAAGUUCGAACCUGGGCCGAGGCUAUGUGGUGGCCGGAGGAAUCGGUCAGCGAUAUAUUCAGCUAGUGAUUGAGGCCUCUCGAACAAACUACUUUAACUAUGAUGCUCAAAUCUAUGGGAAGUAGGAUCAAUGUCUUGGUAUUGAUAUAAUAAAUUAGCGAGAACGUUGAUGUUGCAUCGCAACGAAAAGUGUACUUUUUGUUUUAAAUGUCAGCUGACAUUCGCUUUUCAUAAACGAUAAUGAGUAAGAAAUUGAGAAACGUUUCGAUUUUGUCUCAUUCGUAUCUGAUAGCCGACUUGACUACACAGUUAGACGUAAAAUCUAAAGAGUAACAUUACCUAUGGUCACAAGAAAACGAGUGGUA